AUGGCUCUUCUAAAAAGACCGUAUAAACGCAGUGGUCUUCCACUUCGUUGUGUUUUGGCAAGUCAGAACCAAAAGCGCCAGAGAAAAACGCGUGAAAGAUGGGUUGUUUAUCUGCAUUUCGUCAAGUUAGAUGGGGAUCACCGUCUUGUGUCAUUGGUUAUUGCACUCAGUUGGUUAGAGCGUCGUGCUAAUAACGCGAAGGUCGCAGGUUCGAAACCUGCAUGGGCCAUUUUAAGUUCUAUUUUUGAUUUUCAUGAGGAGAAGUGCUCAUAG